GCUGUGCGGCAGCGGUGCGGGAGCCCCCGCCGCACUUGUGAAGCCGUUCGUCAGUAUCGAUAGACGUUAAUAGGAUCUCGAGCUCCCGUUCCCCACCUGGCUUAGCCAAGGGCCACGGCACAGGGGAAGCCGUGGGGGAAGCGUGUUCUGGCUGAAGGACAGAGCUCACGCCAUUCAGGAGAGAGCCCGGAGCUUUUAGACAGAAAAAUGCUUUGGCAUUCCUGCAAGUCCGUCCUCUUUUCCUUCUUUCUGCCGACAGUUCCUUGGCCACAGAGCGAAUGAAUGCCUUUCAUGCACCAAAGCUAAAGCCACCAAGAGGCUCACGAGCAACUCAGCUCUGACUUCCAGAAUUCCUCGUCCCCCCCGUGCUCCUGCUUGGAGUUCCUUUCACACAUCUGUGCUGUUCGUUGCCCCUUUAAAAAGAAACAGCAAAGAUGCCCUUCCCCAUCCCUCCUUUCUCCUGUAUCAGUGUAUCCAGGCAAAGGCAGAGCUAGCAGCCCCUGCGGUCCCCUGUCACUGCCUGGGGGACCCCCGCAGCCUCACUGCAUGGGCACCGCCGUCGGAAAGAGGGCCCUGGGGAGGCUGCUGCUGGGAGAGCGCGCUUCCAGAGGUGUCAGUCAAUCGCAAUGGCUGUCAUUUCCACUGGGGUGAUCUUCAGUAAAUACUGCAACUCCAGGGAUAUUAUGGACCUCUUCUGCAUUGCAACAGGGUUACCAAGGAACACAACCAUCUCCCUCUUGACGGCAGAUAAUUGCAUGGUGUCCAUUGAUCCGACUAUGCCUGCGAACUCAGAGAGGUCUCCAUACAAGGUGAUACCUGUUGCCACUGGGCAGCUUUCAGAGAAAGAAGAAUUGUUCCAGAAUUUACUGGGACAGAUUGCCGAGCAGUUCUCAAGGGUUUUUAAAAUCAAUGAACUGAAAACGGAAGUAGCUAAUCACUUGGCAAUGCUGGAGAAAAAGGUGGAACUGGAAGGCCUGAAAGUUGUGGAGAUUGAGAAAUGCAAGAGCGACAUUAAAAAGAUGAGGGAGGAAAUGGCAGCAAGAAGCAGCAGGACUACCUGUCCCUGCAAGUACAGCUUUUUGGAUGAAAACAAGAGGCCAACACCCCGGCGGGAUGUGCCAUCCUACCCAAAGUACAUGCUGUCUCAGGAGACCAUAGAAGCACUUCGGAAACCAACAUUUGAUGUCUGGUUGUGGGAGCCCAAUGAGAUGCUGAGUUGCUUGGAGCAUAUGUACCAUGAUCUUGGGCUGGUCAAAGACUUCAACAUCAAUCCUAUCACAUUAAAGAGGUGGUUGCUUUGCAUUCAUGACAACUACAGAAACAACCCUUUCCACAAUUUCCGGCACUGCUUUUGCGUGACCCAGAUGAUGUACAGCAUGAUCUCACUCUGUAGUCUUCAGGAGAAGUUUUCCCAAAUUGACAUCUUGAUUCUCAUGACCGCAGCAGUGUGCCACGACUUGGACCAUCCAGGCUAUAACAACACCUAUCAGAUAAAUGCACGAACGGAGCUGGCGGUACGUUACAAUGACAUCUCCCCACUGGAGAACCAUCACUGUGCUGUGGCUUUCCAGAUCAUUUCCCAGCCAGAAUACAACAUUUUCUCCAAUGUUGACCAGGACCAAUUCAAACAGAUAAGACAGGGGAUAAUUACAUUAAUUCUGGCUACCGACAUGGCGAGACAUGCAGAAAUACUGGACUCUUUCAAGGAAAAAAUGGAAAAUUUUGAUUACUCAAAUGAAGAACACAUGACCUGUCUGAAGAUGAUACUGAUAAAAUGCUGUGAUAUCUCCAAUGAAGUCCGCCCAAUGGAAGUCGCUGAGCCCUGGGUAGACUGCUUGCUAGAGGAAUAUUUUAUGCAGAGUGACAGGGAAAAAUCAGAGGGUCUUCCAGUGGCACCUUUCAUGGACCGUGAUAAAGUGACCAAGCCAACCGCACAGAUCGGCUUCCUGAAGUUCGUCCUCAUCCCCAUGUUUGAGACAGUAACAAAGCUAUUCCCUGAAGUGGAGGAGAUGAUGCUUCAGCCCCUUUGGGAGUCCAGAGACCGCUACGAGGAGUUAAAACAGAUAGAUGAUGCUAUGAAAGAGCUGCAGAAGAAGAAAAGUGACAGCCUGACCGCCGGCACAACCGAAAAGUGAGAAGAAAAAGACUUUGAGCAAAACGUUGUCCCUACGGUUAUUUUCUUUUUGAAAAACACUGCAUUUGCCAAACGGAUGUGGCAGAAUCCAGCAGGAACAACGCUUGGGGUGAGGUGGCCAAGAUGGACACCAAGAUGGAUGCCCUUUCCAGCUGGUGCCACGCAGGCCAUGGCACAGCUCCUUCCCCACUGGGUUUGCCUCUUUGGCCAGCACUGGGAACUGCUGUCUCCAGGGACAAAGUGGAGCUGAGCUAAGGAGCCGUAUCUGUAAAACAAACCACUGGUGUCCAAAACAAAUGAAAACUUGUUUUAGUCAAGAUCCUGCACAUACCUGUACUGCAGUAUGCUAUUACAGCACAGCUUAACAGAUGCUAAUGUAAAUGACAGGAGCCUGGCAGAUAUUUUUGUUUGCCAGGUAGGCCCUAAUGACACAUUUCCCUGUAUUAUCCUAUGAAUUUUAUAGUGUUCACAGUACAUUCAGAAGCCCAGCGUAGUGGAUGCAGUUUUCUUUUCUACACUAGAAGAAGUCAGAAAAAGCCUUCGUGGACUUACAGGUUCGCUUUGUGCCCAGCAGUGUCAGGGGUUCUUUGGCACAAGCAGAGGGGAGCACCACGCAGCACCACUGUGCAGGUUUUUAUCCUCAUGAAUGGAAUGCAAAAAGUAACAGCAUCAAGAAGAACCUUCAAAGAUGUACAGAUUUUUAUUUUUAUUUUUUACUGUUAAACUGAUCUGCUAAAUAAUAUAUUCUUCUACAGAAA